UCUCCGCCUCACUAAGCCUCGCUGAGUCUUACAAGGAAGCAGCACGACGCUCAGACGUGUUUUGACAUCUUUCCUGUGAAGAUCUUUGAACCACCUCCUCACAAUGAAAAGAGCUAAAACUCCAAUCAAGGUUAGCCGAUCCCGAUGUCCGCCUUCAUCUUCUACUCCCCUGAUUCCUUCUCCUGCUCCUUUACCUCAAUCUAACCUAGCAGUUGGUUGCUCCUCUCUACCGUCCUCAGCGGUGAGGGAAUCUGCACUGGACCAGUUGAUCUCUGAAAGUACACUGAUCCAGGAAGGAGAUCCAUCUGUUUAUCAACUGAAAGGAAAAAAAGAAAAAUCUUCUACAAUGACCAGAGUUACUGUUGGUCAAAGAGAUUCACAUAAGAAAAAUAAAACUAUCUUACUGGUCGGGGAAACAGGAGCAGGAAAAUCCACUUUCAUCAAUGCAUUGGUGAACUUCACCAUUGGCGUGAAGUUUCAGGAUAAAGUCUGUUUCCAGAUUGCAGAGGAGGCGGGCCAGGAAACCUCUGAAGUGACUGUGUAUGAAGUUUUAGGUUUUGAAGGUAGAGUGAUCCCCUUCUCUCUGACCAUCAUCGAUACUCCAGGAUUUGGAGGCAUCAGAGGGAUAGAAUAUGAUGACAGCAUCAGUAGGAGUUUAUUGUACUUGUUUCGGUCAGGAGGAAUCGAAGAACUUGAUGGAGUGGGUCUGGUGAUGAAGGCGAGUGAUAAUCGAUUGAGUGACAGACUGAUGUACAUCUUGAAUUCAGUCAUGUCUUUGUUUGGGAAAAACAUAGAAGACAACAUCAUAACUCUGAUCACCCACUCAAAGGGAAGAACACCAAAGAAUGUUCUUCAAACGCUUGAAGUUUCCACCAUUAAAUGUGCCAAAGAUGAGAAUCAGAAGCCUGUCUACUUCCUGUUUAAUAACUGCCAGAGCGAAGACCGUACAGAAGAAGAAGAAUACCUGGAAGCAGCCUAUAAGGUAAUGGAGAAAGGACUGAAAGAGUUCACUGCUUUUCUGGAAAAAUCUCAGCCUCAAAAACUGAAGACAACUGUUGAUGUUAUCAAUGAACGCAUUAAACUGACAGCCUGCAUCCAAAACCUGCAGCAACGAUUCAUUGAAGCUGAAGAAAAGCAGAACCAGAUCAGACAAAUCCAACAUAACCUGAUGAAACAUAAAGAAGAGAUGGAAAAGAAUGAAAAUUUUUCUUUUGAAGUAGAAGAGUCCUACAAAGUCAAAGAACCCAUCAAAACCAAUGCUUCUUUUGGAAAACCUUUGUGUUGUAAACGCUGUGAGGAAAACUGUCAUUAUCCUGGAUGCACUAUGGCCCCUGCCUUAUGUGAAGUCAUCAAAGGAGGUCACUGCACCGUCUGCACUGGGAAGUGUCCCACAUCUGAUCAUUCGAAAGAGAACUGGAGAUAUGUGACCAAGACAAUAAAAGUUCAGACCACUCUGAAUGAAAUGAAGCAAAAUGAUGAAAAGAAUAAAAUGGAAAAAGAGAAAAACUCGAGUUAUUUAGAAAGUCUGGACACUGAAAUGAAAAAUCUGACAGCAGAGAAGUCUCAGCUGUUGGAAGAGUCCUACAAACACAUCACUAGGCUGGAAAAGAUUGCCCUCAAAGUUGAUUCAUCAGCUACCCUGGUCCACCUGGACUUCCUGAUUGAGAAGAUGAGAGAAAUUGGAAUGAAAGAUAAAGCAGAGAAACUGGAGACAUUAAAAACGAAUGUUGAUGAAGGAAGCCAAGCAGCCGUGAAAUACCAGCAUAAUUCUUUGGACCGACGGAAAAUCCAACAACAACAACAUCAUUAUUUUGAUCCAUCAGCUGAAACCUGGGUUUAAAAUCAAUUUUCUAAUAAAAACACGUAAACUCCUUAAACAUAAUAGAUCACUAUGUUGCCAAGAGUAUUGGGCAACGUCACCAAAUCAAUAAAUUCAUAUUUUCCGGUCACUUCUAUGGCGGUGUGUGUAUAUUACCUCUGGUGUGGG